UCACUAGUAUUGUUGUUAUUUGGCGAGCGGAGGAAAAACGAAGAAAAAUUUUGGAAAAUAGUGUGAAAAUCGCCUGUGAUUCGGUUGUUUCUGGUCCACCUAUUUCGCGAAAAGUUAUCCUUAAAAUGCAUACAAUACGGUGGACCUAAACGCCUGGCCCCGUCGCCAACAUCCUAAUCCCUAUUCUGGAUCAGGGUGCCAAGGGCUCUAACUCUCAAAAAUCAAUUGAUAAGUGCAAUUUAAUGUUAGGGGCAAUUAUUCGGAUACUGCAGGCUUGAGCUGCAAAAUGAUCUCGCCGGAACAAGAAGAAGUCAACAUGGUCCUGGAUCGCCAGGUGCGCCAGGAUAUCCAGGACAUGAUGCACGAAGCGCAUGUUCAGGCGAGUAUGCUGGAAAACGAAGCUGCAGUUCGCGAACGUUUUUCAUCGGAUUCCAGUCUCGACCACGACUCGCUUCACGCUGUCGACUCGAUGGCCGUCAUAGACACCCUUUCCGCCGAUGGCAUCGUGGAAGAGGACCUCACCCACGAACAGGGUGGUGUAGAUGGCAGCGAGGUGCAAAACUACCACGAUAUGAUGGUAGACACUGAGCACACCAUCGACAUCAAUGAAUCGCUGCGCAAGCGCCGUGGAAAUCUGCCGAAGCACUCGGUGAAGAUCCUAAAGCGUUGGCUCUACGAGCAUCGGUACAACGCAUAUCCCAGCGAUGCGGAGAAGUUUACCCUCUCCCAGGAAGCAAACUUGACGGUGCUGCAGGUGUGCAAUUGGUUCAUCAAUGCCCGUCGCCGGAUUCUUCCCGAGAUGAUACGGCGCGAGGGUAACGAUCCCCUUCACUUUACCAUCUCACGGCGAGGCAAGAAAGUCAGCCCGAACUCCUCAGGACCGAGUGCUCUGGGCAUGAACCUUCAAGGAACACCCAAUCCCAUCCACGGAAGUCCCGCCUCUGAAGUGGUCGUUGGCGCCACUGAGGAAGUCGAUGGCGCAGGUGAGAUCCACGAGGGUAUUGCCAAUGUCUUGACCAACUUUGAGCAGUAUGUGCAAGGUCCUAAUGGACAGAUCGUUAAGAUGGAGCCAGAGUACGAAGACAGCGUAAUCUACAGUUGGCAGCAGGCCAUUGCCAACAAUCCGAUGGGUUUCCAAAGUCUGCACUCCUCGCUGCAAGCAACUAUGAUCGAUAAGAUUCGAAACUAUCAGAUGCGUAAAGCGGCAGCCACCGGUGGAUCGGCCAGAUCCAGCAGUGCUGGGUGCACCAGUUCCAUACUGCCGUUCAACUUAUUGGACCAAAAAUUGCCACAGGAGUUUGAUGAAGAAGAAAAACCAAGUCCUCCCAAGCGCGGAAGGAAACGGCAAGCUACUGGAAAGAGUGCCGGUGAAAAGAGCAAGCAGCCAAAGACUAAGUCCGGAAACCAGCAGCACGAGACCAUGUCCUGUUAUCAAGAUGAUUUCGGCGGCUUCGAGGUGGCUCCUAGGUCCGAGGGUGAGGAGAGCGCCCAAGGAUACGAGUCCUGUGAGCAAAACAGCGAGGAGGAGGUUCGCUUCGAGACCUCUGAUGAUUGGCAAAGCGUGAUGAAGACUGUUUUCAGUACCGAAGAAGUUACUACAUCGGCUGGGAACAACCCAAGUACCUCUGGCAACAAGGGAAAGGCCAGGAAUGCAACCCGUUAUAAUCCCAACCAACAGAUAACAAAGAGUGAUGGCUCCAAUAAUGAGCUGAUGCAGGCUACUGAAUUCGAGACCCCUGUUCUUGCUGGCUCCAAUCAACAGGAAAUCGGUGAUAAUCUGCAGGCGGAUGAAACAUUCACCAUCACCGACAUGGAAUCUGCCCAGAAUCAGCCAACGACUCCACCACAAAGUAUCAGUCGAGAUGAGCGCGACAAGUACAAGUGUCUCUAUUAUCUAGUGGAAACUGCCAUGGCUGUUCGCCAAAAUGAUAGCGCCCAGGAUGAGGAGUACGUGUACAUGGGCGACUAGGCUUCAAUUUACCAUGCACUAUACCCCGACACCAAGUGUAUAUACAUAUAUUUAUAUAUUUUAGUAACUUGAUCGAACUGCAGAUUCUGCGCGUGCUAGAGCCAAAAACCUUGUGCUUAGGCCAAUGUUAUUAUGUUUACGAAGUAGGUUACUAACUAAAUGUACAAAACAUUAGAUCAAUUUCACGCAAUCGCCCAGUCAAAUGCGGAUAUCCACGAAGUCAAUUCACGUCAAAUCGGCCCAGUUUUCAACGCAUACACAAGCUUCAAGAACUUGGGUUUGAUAUUUUGAAACUAUUAACGAUUGUGUAUACUUAUGGUAUUCAAAUAAACCAAAAAACUGUGCAUUUACAAUACACCAGCA